AAGGGGAUUAUAUUCCACGAUGUAGAACCUGUUUAAUCAGUUUUAAGGAUAAAUAGUAGUUAUGUGCCAUAUAUCUUUGUGAGAAGUUUUGAAUUAAAGGGGUUAGAACUAUUAUAGCCAAGUACUACCUUUACUGGCUAAAAGAUGGUGGAAUAUAAUUUAUCUUUCGUUCCACCCUCAAUGAGGAGCUAUGUCUCACCAUGUGUACCAUUUGCCCUGAGUGGAAUCUCUGGGUGCAUGGCGACCGUUUGUAUUCAACCUAUUGAUAUGGUCAAGGUUCGGAUACAAGUGCACGCAUCUCAUUCACAGGUCGCCAUGUCCCCAAUAAGAGUAUUUUCUCAUAUUUUAAGGAACGAGGGAAUUCUAUCGCUAUACAAAGGGUUAGAUGCAGCAUGUGCAAGACAAUUACUCUACACAACUACGCGUUUGGGAUUGUUCCGCAGCGCAAGUGAUCAUAUAAAACAUAAGAAUAACAUUAAAACAAUCCCAUUCUAUCAAAAAUGUGGUCUAAGUAUGGUAUGCGGGGCAAUAGGAGCCCUAGUUGGAAACCCAGCUGACCUUGCAUUAGUAAGAAUGCAAUCUGAUUCUAUGCUGCCAAGAGAGGACAGAAAGAAUUAUACUAGUCUCCCGAAUACUAUUUGUAGAAUUUGCAAAGAAGAAGGAGUUUUCAGACUGUGGAAAGGAGCUUUUCCAACCGUUGUUCGAGCUGUUAGCUUGAAUCUUGGUAUGUUAUCAUCGUUUGACCAGAGCAAAGAAGUACUGUCAAAGUAUAUGGAGGAAGGAGUAAUGCAUACAUGCAUUUCUAGUUCUAUUGCAGCGUUUUUUGCUGUUACCUUCAGCCUUCCUUUUGAUUUCGUUAAAACGUGUCUGCAAAAGCAGAGCAAGCAAGGGCAAGCUUACAGAGGCAUCAUGGACUGUAUAACUAAGAAUUAUGCUGAAGGAGGUAUUGCUAGGUUCUACGCAUCGUAUACUACUUAUUACAUGAGAGUUGCUCCGCAUGUUAUGCUGACUCUUAUAAUGAUGGACUAUCUCACCAGAUUACUGCGUAAACACGAUUGA